AUGACGCCCAAUCCAGAAGACGGCGUUACUUCGCCGCGUCCCGGGUCGGAUUCGAGCGAUGUACCCGAGCUUCCGCCUCCACCGAACCCUUCGUUGGACCCGGGGCUUGCCGUUGCCGCCAGCGAGAGCCCGCCGAACGUACCCGAAAACGAAGAUGUGUCGAAGCUACCUCCAAGGUUGGCCAUGAGGCUGCUCAGUGGCGGCAUCGAGGCGCUUGUUCGCAUAACGGGCGAUAUACCACCGACACCCCCACCGACGAGCCCGACCUUGCCUAAUAUGAGAGGAAUGGCGGCGGAAAAGGAAUUAAUACGGACAAAUUCAGAAAAGAACCUGGCGAGAAUGCGUCAGGAAGCCGAGGCGGCCAUGGCUACUGCGCACGCAUCUCCAUCUCCACGCCGACCUCCAAUGAUUUCUCACACCAGCGGUUCGAGCGUCUCGGUGACGCAGCCGAUAGACGGUGUUCACUUGAGGCAGACGCAAACGCCAGCGUCUCCUGCGCCGUCAAGACCACCCGAACCCUACGUCAUCGUGGGCGAGAACUCGCAGCCAUUAAAUGUGCAGCACAGCGCCAUCACGCGCAAGUUUUAUUCCAAGAAACCUCCGGCAAUCAGUAUCGAGGAUUAUCUCGGACGGAUACAUAAGUUCUGUCCGAUGACCACGGGCGUUUACCUCGCGACCAGUCUGUACAUCCACCGGCUCGCAGUCGAAGAACGAACGAUACCCGUCACGAGGCGAAACGCACACCGGUUGGUGCUGGCAGGAUUAAGGGUAGCCAUGAAGGCGUUGGAGGACCUCAGCUACCCGCACACCAAGUUCUCUAGGGUAGGGGGUGUCAGCGAGUCCGAAUUAGCUCGGCUUGAGAUCAACUUUUGCUUCCUGACCAACUUCGAGCUGCAGGUGACAGAGGAAGAGCUGAAGAAACACUGGGAGGAGCUCAAAGCCGAGCAACCUAGGGGGGUUCUGCAACCAGCUAUAACAUCGCUGUCGUUGAAUCGCAAACCGAAAGAGAAGGCACUCGCCGGGAAAGAGAACGAGCGGAACUGA